AUGUCUGACUCCGACCUGUCCGACGGGAACCUCAUGGGGGAUACAGACAGUGAGGACCAGCCCGAACCUUCUCCCUCACCCCCGGUGCUGGCUGACCAAAUUCGUCUAAGCCAGCGCGAUAUGGCAAGGCGCCUGUCCAUCGAGAUGUCGGAGGAAGAGCUCGUUAAAGGAAUACUUGAGCUUGUCUUCCCGAGGGCUGACCCUGCGACUGCAAUGAAGAAGGCUAGCUACCGCUUCGACAUCCCCGCUGCCGUGCGCAUGAUAGUCCGCAAACUCAAGAGCGCGCGAGAGAUGGGAGGCUGGAAGAGAUUCGACGCGACGGAGUCUGGAGACCUGCCGGAGAUCAUUGCCGGAGGUGUGACGCAGAACGGUAAGACCAAGAUCAAGGUCCUCGCCAUCAUCACUGCGGGGCUGCUGGGCGUUGGCACCAUCCUCCUCUCCACUUCUCAUCGCGGAGUGAAGACUCUGACAGACAAGAUCAACGAGGAGCUGACUCGGUUAGUGGACAAGAAUCUGGGAAUAGAGUGUAUCUGUCUUCUGGACGUACAGACUCCCACAGUUUGCCCUAGAAUCGUCCUCAAGUUCCUCCAGACCGGCUGCUGUUCUCUCCCCGACACUGCUUUCCGGAUCAAGCAGAUGCAUAAAAUCCUUGAUGAAGCUGGAGCAUCUGACUACCCGUGCCAACUCAUCAUGGAUGAGGCGGACUCGUUCUAUCGCAGCCGCCGUGCGGUGGUUGGAGCUGACGAGGAGUCCCUGUGCAAGAGGCAGGUCAAGAUUACCAAGCUCGAAGAGUCCCUAGACGAACUUCGAGGCGUCGCCCACCUCGUCCUCCGCUGGAACGUCUCUGCAACUCUUGUCCCGCCGGAGGGAGACUACAACGGAGUGGUUGACUUCAAGCCCCUCGUGGUGGACGGAGAGGAGGAGUUCCUCGAGUACGGGGACCUCAAGCCAAACAAACUCUACUGUAACAACCUGACGGACGAGAUGUUCAAGCAGGCGUUCAGCAAGAACAAGUCCCUCACGCUUGUCAUCACAAACAGCCGUGUCAACACCGUUAACAAUGUCUUCGACCUCGCCAAAAGCCUUCAGCGGGACUAUCCUUAUGUUGCCGCCCUCGUCAUCGUGGGAGGCACCCGAGGCAUCUCCUACUUCCCUCCGCCUGAUCCCAGAGCUCCUCUCAACGGCUUGGCUCCGAGCAAGGACGAGCUGAACACGAAGCCGCAGAUCUCAGUGAGUCAGGCCAUGGAGAUGGUCGACCAGCAUGCUGGGAUCGACACUCCGCUUGUCAUCAUCGGCUACUCGCAGAUGAUCCGUGGCGACUCCUUCAGGAGCUCCCUCCGCGUCCCCACCCACCUCAUCUGCGCCUUGGGAACCGCCAUGAGCAUCGAGAAGAUGGUGCAGGCGAUGGGGCGACCGACGUAUCAGAACAGCACGCUCGAGAGCAACGGCUUCUCCCACGUCACCGUCCUCACCUACGCCAUGGACUUCGACACGGCCCAGGCCUACCCGCAGUGGCUCCUCGAGAUGGAGAAGAAGCUAGCUGACGGCAUGACGCUGCCAGAAGCGCUCUCGAGCUCGGCUCAGUACACGGAUAAGGCCAACAUCACGCACCGCCAGCGCAAGUCCAUUGGUCAGAAGAAGGACAUGCUGAGCUUGGACGUCUCCUACUCCGGCCCCGAGCCGGGUCAGGAGCGGCCAGGACAUCGCUGGCUCAACAAGCGUAUGCGGAGCAACCCAGUAGCCAGCAAGCUCAUCGACAUUGCAACGAAGCACGCGGAGACCUACGAGUCCUAUAUGCAGGAGCUGCAAACAGACUCUGAGGUAGGAAGGACGGCGAGGCAGUUCUGCGACGAGUGGAACGAGAGCUUGUCGGAAGGAGAAGCAGCCUCGCUCAGCUUUGUGACGAGCAACCUGAACAAGCUUGUCUCCAACGGCAUCAUGAAAAAAUCCAACGACAAGCCAGCGAAAUACUGGCUGCCAAGCAAGGACAUCUAA